AUGAUGCUUACAAGAACCAUCUUACCAAACUCUUCCCGAGUGUUCGCUCGGUAUGCGACUACUAUUGCCAGCAACCCCCACACUCCUCAGAUCAAGAAUAAGAGUGCUGGCGGAUUGGGUAUCAGCACUAAGGUGUACACCAACGAUGAGGUUGCUCAGCAUGAUGACAACAAGUUCAUUUCGCAUGCGAUGUUCCCUCACCCCAAGUGGACUGACGAAGAUUGCGCUUUGGUCCAAGUUGAGCACCGUGAGCCUCAAACUCUUCUGGACAGAUUCGCCUACAGCGCAAUUCAAUUUGUCCGCAAGUCGUUCGAUUUCGUUACAGGCUACAAGAAGCUGGAUAACUUGGAUGAUACUUUCAAGGGUACUCGUUAUGAAAUGACCGAAGCGAAGUGGUUAACCAGAGUAAUUUUCCUCGAAUCCAUUGCUGGUGUACCCGGUAUGUGUGCUGGUUUCAUCCGCCACUUGCACUCACUUCGUCUUUUGAAGCGGGACAAGGCCUGGAUUGAAACUCUACUCGACGAAGCUUACAAUGAACGGAUGCAUUUGUUAACUUUUAUUAAACUUGGUCAACCGCUGUGGUUUACCCGUUCCAUCAUCUACGUGGCUCAAGGCAUUUUUACCAACGUCUUCUUCCUUGCAUAUUUGGUAAGACCUAAGGUUUGCCACCGUUUGGUAGGGUACUUGGAAGAGGAAGCUGUUGCAACUUACACUCAUUUGUUGCAUCAAUUGAAAAAGGGCGAACUCAAACAGUUUGACCACGUCCAAGUCCCCAAGAUUGCCACCCAGUACUGGUCCGAAUUGAACGAGAACUCCACCUUCUAUGAUUUGGUUGCCAGAAUCAGAGCCGACGAAGCCAAGCACCGCGAGGUUAACCACACCCUUGCCAACUUGUCGCAAAAGUCUGACAGAAACCCAUUUGCCUUACAAGUUACCCCCGGGAAGCCCGAACCCAACAAUGGCUUGAAAGUGACCCGCGGGACCGGUUGGGAAAAGGAUGAAAUGACUCUUUGA